AUGGAGGAACUUAUGAUUUUUGAAGUUUCUGAAUCAACUGUUGGUGAAUACAACUCUAGAAGAGAAAUUUCCCUAUGUUUUUCCCGUGUCUUCCAUUUUCAAAUUGAUGAGAAUGUGGCUCGCGAGAUUAUCAACCAUAGGUCUCUUUGUCACCCCAAUAUAAUUUGUUUCAAGGAGGUGGUUUUGACCCCUACUCAUUUAGCAAUAGUAAUGAAGUAUGCAGUUGGAGGAGAGUUAUUUGAGAGGAUAUGCAAUGCUGGAAGGUUCAGUGAAGAUGAGGUUAGAUAUUUCUUUCAGCAGCUAAUUUCUAGUGUCCAUUACUAUCAUGCCAUGCAAAUAGGGCUCAAAGAUUUGAAGCUAGAAAAUACCCUCUUAGAUGGAAGCCCUGCACCCAAGUCGUCUUUGCUUCAUUCACGACCCAAAUCAAUUGUUGGAACUCCAGCUUAUAUAGCACUAGAAGUUCUUUCCAGAAGGGGUUUGAUUCCAACUUUGCAAGAAGUGAUACUAGGUGCACACUAUGGUUUUGUGUGUGGCAUCUAUGGCAAAAUUUCUGUAAGCAAUGGAAGGAUAAAGUCUUGA